CCCACGUGACACCCCCCCCCCAACCCCCGGAGCCCGGACUUCUUCAGUCUGUCUGCUCGCUCUGCUUCCCGGCGCUCCGGUGGCGACACCGGGUCUACAGCAGGGAGGACGAAUAGGACAGGUCAUAGGGUGCCUCCUGAAGAACUACCAUGUCUGAGAAUAGUACAUUUUCCACAGAAGACAGCAGCAGCAGCAGCAGCUAUAAACCCCACGCCUCAAACCUCCGAAGGGCAGGGAAGAAAUGCUCAUGGGCUUCCUACAUGACCAACUCCCCAACACUCAUUGUUAUGAUUGGCUUGCCAGCCCGGGGUAAGACUUAUGUGUCCAAGAAAUUAACACGCUACCUGAACUGGAUUGGAGUACCUACCAAAGUGUUUAAUCUUGGGGUAUAUCGACGGGAAGCAGUCAAGUCCUAUAAGUCCUAUGAUUUCUUUCGACAUGACAAUGAAGAGGCCAUGAAGAUCCGCAAACAGUGUGCCCUGGUGGCACUGGAAGACGUUAAGGCCUAUUUUACUGAGGAGAGUGGGCAGAUCGCGGUGUUUGAUGCCACCAAUACCACUCGGGAGAGGAGGGACAUGAUUUUGAACUUUGCCAAGCAGAAUGCCUUCAAGGUAUUCUUUGUGGAAUCUGUGUGUGAUGAUCCUGAUGUCAUUGCUGCCAAUAUUCUGGAGGUAAAAGUGUCAAGCCCUGACUACCCUGAAAGGAAUAGGGAGAAUGUGAUGGAGGACUUCCUGAAGCGAAUUGAGUGCUACAAGGUCACUUACCAGCCCCUUGACCCAGACAACUAUGAUAAGGAUCUCUCGUUCAUAAAGGUGAUGAAUGUAGGCCAGAGGUUUCUGGUCAACAGAGUUCAGGACUACAUCCAGAGUAAGAUUGUCUACUACCUGAUGAACAUCCAUGUCCAUCCUCGCACCAUCUAUCUGUGCCGGCACGGAGAGAGCGAGUUCAAUCUUUUGGGAAAGAUUGGGGGUGACUCUGGCCUUUCGUUGCGAGGAAAGCAGUUUGCUCAGGCUCUGAAGAAGUUUCUGGAGGAACAGGAGAUCCAGGACCUUAAAGUGUGGACAAGCCAGUUGAAGAGGACAAUUCAGACUGCUGAGUCUCUUGGGGUGACCUAUGAGCAAUGGAAGAUCCUAAAUGAGAUUGAUGCUGGCGUGUGUGAGGAGAUGACAUAUUCGGAGAUCGAACAACGGUAUCCAGAGGAAUUUGCACUUCGAGAUCAAGAGAAGUAUCUGUAUCGAUAUCCUGGUGGGGAGUCAUACCAGGACCUGGUUCAGCGGCUGGAGCCUGUGAUCAUGGAGCUGGAGCGUCAAGGCAACAUCCUCGUUAUCUCUCACCAGGCUGUCAUGCGCUGCCUCCUGGCCUACUUCUUGGAUAAAGGCGCAGAUGAGUUGCCGUACUUGAGGUGCCCCCUCCACAUCAUCUUCAAACUUACUCCUGUGGCCUAUGGUUGCAAAGUGGAAACAAUUACACUGAAUGUGGAAGCUGUGGACACACAUCGCGACAAGCCAACUCACAACUUCCCCAAGAGCCAAACCCCUGUAAGGAUGAGAAGGAACAGCUUUACGCCUCUGUCCAGUUCGAACACAAUAAGGCGUCCAAGAAAUUACAGUGUUGGGAGCCGACCCCUCAAGCCCCUCAGCCCUCUCCGUGCCCUGGACAUGCAAGAAGGGGCGGACCAGCCGAAGACCCAAGUCCAGCAAGGGUCAGCCCAGGCUACAGAACAUCUACAGAAAGCCCUGGAGUUUGCAAAUGGACAUAGGGAAGUGGAGAAUGUGCUGGCUGAGCAUAGACGCCCCUCAAUGGCAUCCCUCACUUUGCUCUCCUGAUGUGAGGCUGAGGCCAGACCUCUCCGAGGAACUGGAUCUACCAAAAAGCUUGGCAUGCCAGCAUCCCUGAGGCUAGAACAGGAAGUUAAGUGGGAACGUCUCAUUUGAGGCUACCAACAGUAAGGCGUGGGAAACCUUCACUGCAUUUCUACCCCUCAUGCCCAGCAGGACCAUUACUAUACUGUGCCUCAAAAAGUCUCCAACAGCCUGAACAAGUUAGUUCUUGUCUCGUUUGAACCAAGUUUGCAAAUACCAUUCUAACUGAGCAUUCAGCAUUCUACCUGUGGCCGACCGACUGCAUCCUUAGCUGGAGAUUUGCCUAAUGUGUGAAUGCACUGCUUCAGAAUUGGUUUCUAGAUGAGGGUGAACUUCAGCAAGCCUUUUCUGCUCCAUGAGAGCUGCUCUUUUCACCAGACGGAGGAGAGCAGGGUGAAGUGCAGUCUGAGUGCUAGUGGUCGCCUCCUGCAGUGUGGGAGAUGAGACAGAGCACCAGGUAAAUGGAGGGUGUUGGGAACUAAGCUCGCAAGUGCUCUUCUCUGGUAGCAGAAGAGUAGUGUCCAUGGCUCCCUUCCCAUAUAGAGAAGUUUUCCUUGUUCCAUAUCCUUUGGUGCAGGGUCUGGCUGCUGGACUUCCCCAAAGGGACCAACCCUUACAUUCUCUCGUAGCUACUGUUUUCUCUCUGAGGCUUGUAACUCACACAGAUAGACAGGACUGAACCAGUGCCUCCUGAGGGGUUGGGACUGAAGGGACCAUCUCCAACCCAUGAAGAAAUUGAGAUGGCUUCUUUUUUUUUUUUUUUAAAUUUCAAAAUAGGCAGAAGCAGCCAUGCCCCUUGUAUCUAGUUGAUGUGGUCUGUGGAAAGCUGUGCCUGUGCCUGCAGGAGCAGUGGGCCUAUGCUGGGUGCCUGUUGUCGCUGUCACUACUGUGAUCAGCAGGUCUCCCACAGCACGGGGCAGAUGCGGCAAAGCCGUGGGGCAUCUAUGAGUGAGUGUCUCCUUCAGAAGAAUCUGAUUGCUGUCCACAGGUCACUGAGUGUCUGAUGCAUACUCACUGUUACCAUGAGGGCACCCCUAGUGUUACUUCUGAAGAAGAAUGCAGAAGCCACAAAGCAUACUGUACCUCACCAGUGUUACUGUGGUUCUUUGUUUCCAUUUUACUGAAGCUGCACACUUGUUGGGCAGAAAGAUAAGUAGCAAGAAAAGUAAUAAAAUGUGCUUUUUCUAAAUGUUCUUUCAUACUGUAGACAAUACUGGAGACUGUUACCCAAGGAGGAUGUGAUGAGCUGCUGGCAGUUCACUGACUCCCAGGCUGCUGCUUGCUUUCUAUGUAUGCAGGUCCCCGGAGAGAGGCUCCCUCCUCCCUCUGCCUGGGACAGGCGUUUCCCCAUGGCUGAUACAGCAUACUGUACUACAGGGUUUUUUUUUUUUUGUGGUAUAGGAUGCUCUCUGCAUUGAAGUGCACUCCUUUCUGAUGAUCAGAUGGUAUUUUUAUGAAGCUAUUUAUUUUGUGUGAGUUUGCAUGUAUUUAUCAGAAUGUCAUUUCUGUUCUCAGUGUUCUGCUAGCUCUGUAGGCGGCUUGAAUGCUGAGCCUAAUGUCCAUAGUAUUACUUAAGUUAAAUGUGUAGAGCGUAAAUGUCUGUAUAUGUCAAAGAAUGGUAACUGUUAUGACUGUAGAUUUUUCAAUUUUUUUCUUAUUGAUUUUAUUAUAAACCAAGGAAUGUAUUUCUCUGGAAAACAAGUUCUCUCUUAGAUAAGUAAAACCAUGCUAAACUAUCUCAGUAACAUAUACUGCUUUUGUAAUAAGAAAAUAAAGUUAUUUUUAAUUAAAAGGUACAAUGAAAUUUUCAAUUCGCAUGCAAAAACACAUCAUUUGAUACAUUACAUAUGCACAAAAUAUUAACAUUUUCCAAAAUGUACUUGAAAGUUUAUUAAGGAAUGUUUGAAAUUAUUAAAUGGUAUCUGUUUCCAGCUA